AUGAAAGUGGCACCGUAUCUAGCAGCCAUUGACGUUCUUGUGCAAAACUCACAAGCGAGAGGAGAAUGCUUCGGGAGAAUAACAAUCGAAGCCAUGGCCUUUAAGCUUCCUGUUCUUGGUACUGCAGCAGGAGGAACAAUGGAGAUUGUAGUGAACAGAACAACCGGUCUGUUACACAAUACCGGUAAAGACGGUGUGUUACCUCUUGCCAAAAAUAUUGUGAAGCUGGCGACGGACGUUGAGAUGAGGAUGAGAAUGGGGAAGAAAGGGUAUGAGAGAGUAAAAGAGAUGUUUUUGGAACAUCAUAUGUCUCAUCGAAUAGCUUCUGUGCUUAAAGAAGUGUUGCAACACGCAAAAACUCACUCACGAACAACAAAUUCGGAUAUCUAG